GUUUUCUUGCUUGAAGGAAUUUCUUGCAUGAAAUGUCAACACUCAACAAUUUGUGAGCACGUUGUGAAAUGUGAAUUGUUUUCUUUUUCAAAACAAGAACGAUAAAGUUUAUUCUUUUUGCAAUAAAAUAACUUAAGAUGAAUAAUGAUAAUAAAGAUCUUGACUCGAAACCACACAAAUUUAAGCCAAAAAACAAAACUACAGCUCGAUAUUUUGACAAGACUGUUGAUGAAUCCGAAGUUAAAAAAAUUAAAUUAAAACGCGAAAAGGAUCAAAAAUUUUCAGGCGAAGUAAUUCACGUGGAAUCUAAGGCCAAACCAUUACGGAAACUAUUGAAAAAUGCAAAAAAAACUCUACCGCCACGUAAUUCAAAGAUUCCAAAAGAAAUCUUAGAGAGACAUGCUCGUGGACCACAGAUAGAAACCAGUGGCGUUAAAACAAAGUUCUUCAAAGAAAAACUUAAGAAAAGGGAAAUCUAUCAUGAAUAUGCAGCAGAGCAGGCCGCCAGAACUGAAAUAUUGCUCAGAGAAGAUGCCGGAUUUAUUGUGCCCGAUGAAGGGGAACGUACUGUAAAGUAUAGGCAAUCGGAAAUAGCUGAAAAUGUGGAUAUAACUACUGCGUCGAAACUUUUUAAAUUAAAUUUAGAAUUCGGACCAUACUCAAUGCGAUACACAAGAAAUGGUCGACAUUUGCUAUUGGGAGGCCGAAAAGGGCACGUGGCAGCAUUUGAUUGGGUCUCAAAACGUCUGCACUGUGAAAUCAACGUCAUGGAAGAAAUCUCCGAAGUUUCUUGGCUUCACAUUGAGACGAUGUUUGCUUGUGCCCAAAAGAACUGGGUACACAUCUAUGACAACCAGGGAACUGAAUUGCAUUGCGUGAAACGGUUGUAUCGUGUGAAUAAAAUGGAAUUCCUUCCAUAUCAUUUUCUUCUUUCGUGUGCUAGCACUCAGGGCUACUUGUCUUGGCUUGAUGUGUCCAUAGGAGAACUUGUUGGACACUUUAAUACCAAAUUAGGAGACAUUCGCAUGAUGUGUAGUAAUCCUUCGAAUGGAGUUCUUUGUGUCGGAGGGGGAAAGGGCGUGGUGACAAUGUGGUCACCAAAAGUGAGAGAACCAUUGGCCGAAAUGCUUUGCCACACAACACCAAUGUCGGCUUUGGCCGUGGAUCCAAAGGGUCAACAUUUAGUAACUGCGGGCUUGGACAGAACCAUCAAAGUUUGGGAUGUAAGGGAACUAAGUGGGCCCUUGGCGAUAUAUAAAUUGAAAAUGGCUGCCAAUGAGUUGGACGUCUCACAGCGAGGAGUAUUAGGAUUUGCCACUGGAAACGUCUGCAGCAUGUACAAAAACUUAAUAGUUGGAGAAGAUAAAGAUCCAUACUUGCGACAAGUAUGUGAUGAUUUUAUUUAUGGACUGCACUUUUGCCCAUACGAGGACAUUCUUGGAUUGUCAACUGCAAAAGGUUUUCAAUCAAUGAUUGUACCUGGCGCUGGAGAACCUAAUUAUGAUGCCCGCGAGGUCAAUCCGUUCCAAACAAAGACACAACGAAAGGAGUAUGAAGUUCAUGCAUUGUUAGAGAAGAUUCCUCCAGAACUUAUCACACUUAAUCCCAAUGAAAUUGCUGGUGUUGAUGUACCAACACUACAAGAAAAGGUUGACGCCAAGAAAGAAAUAUUCUUCGUGAAACCACCACAGAUAGACUUUAAAUCUAGACACAAAAUGAAGGGUCGUGGUGGUACUGUGAAAGCAGCUAGAAAUAAACAGAUUGUCAAAGAUAUGGCACGAAAGGAAUUUAUUGCUGAUAUUCGUCUAAAGAAAAAGGAAAUUAUUGCAGAGACUAAACUUCCAGAAUCAGAAAACUUUAUUCCUCUUGAAAAAAGUAAACCAACGGUUCUAGAUAGAUUUAAACCAAAAAAGAAAAAAACAAAAGCUUAACCCCUUGUAACCCAACAUCGUAAAUUUUAAAAUUAAUAAUGUCAAUCGAAAGGGCUUUAGCUAUAAUAAAACACGUAUUUUUUAAAAAUUCAAUAAA